UGUAACAACGACCAGGCGGUGUUGCCGACACAAUGUUACUUUGAUAGUAGGUUAUGGCGUUACAACGUAACACUUAGCGUAGCCUACUUGACAAAGACCCUUGUUCAGAAAUUUUGGUCGUCUGAUUUUGCCGGCUGGAAUAUCAGGCCACCACUGUUGUCAACAAUCAAGUGUGUAGGCCUAUCAUAAGUCGAUUACUGGCUACCCUCAGUUUACCAGUAGCCUACAAUUCAGUCGGUAGCAUAGUCGAUUCAACCGCAAUGGAGAUGUCAACAGAUUAAUUGGAAAACUUUGGUGAUAAAAUAGUGAAAAAUGGCCCUGUAGCUCCCGAUGCCUGCUGCGCUACACUAUGUAGACAGCAGUGCCUCCUCCUUUAGUUUUUGCAAAUGAAAAUGGAGGAGAUGUCACUGUCCGGCCUGGACAACAGCAAGAUGGAGGGUAUCGCCCAGGACAUUCUGACAGAUCUGGUGGAGGACGCGUGCCUGGGCUUGUGUUUCGAGGUGCACCGGGCUGUCAAGCAGGGCUACUUCUUCCUGGAUGACACAGACCAGGAGAGCAUGAAGGACUAUGAAAUCGUGGACCAGCCAGGGGUGGACAUCUUUGGCCAGGUGUACAACCAGUGGAAGAACAAGGAGUGUGUGUGUCCCAACUGCAGCCGCAGUAUUGCGGCAUCGCGCUUCGCACCACACCUGGAGAAGUGCCUGGGCAUGGGCAGGAACAGUAGCCGCAUCGCUAACCGCAGAAUUGCUAGCGGCAACAACACCAACAACAAGUCGGAGAGUGACCAGGAGGACAACGAUGAUGCCAAUGACAAUGACUGGUCCUACGGCGCAGAGAAGAAAGCCAAGAAGAGAAAGUCAGAUAAGGUAUUUUCACAUUCUUUGAAACAACCCGUAGCGUCGAAUCCAAACUCCCCAAGAAGAUCCAAAUCUCUCAAGCAUAAAAACGCUUUGCUGGGCCCUAAACGUCGUGUGGAGAAUCAGGAAAGCCCCUGUGUGUUGCUAAGAGACGAGGCGUUUCCACAGUGACCAAGUGAAGCAGGAGACCCUCAGACACCACCCACACAUCACUACAACGAUCUCUCCAUACGCAACACCGAAACGAGAAAAGAAAACAUGAACCACACAUCACACAGUCAACAUCUCACCACUUCAGAAGAGGCGGAGGAGGAGGAGGAGGAGGAGAAGGAGGAAAGAUCUGUUCUUCUGUUUACACAAGUGUUGAACAAAAAAAAAAAUCUUUUUGCUCGAAAAGAACUUUUGUGUCUCUUUGCUGUUGCUGUUUAUUUUUCCUGACAUAUUUGCACAAGGAAAUGAGAAGGCGUUGGACAGAGCAAACAUCAUCAUCGCUGAUACUUGUUGACCUGUUGCUGCAUGGGCUGCCCUCCUGUAGCCCCUCUCACCCUGGCCACGUAGCUGAUGACUCUUGAACGACUACGCUUCAGCUCUGGCCCGGGUGCGGCCCCGAUCAGGCUGUCUCAUUCCACCACGGGUGGGGUGCGGUGCGGUGCGGUAGAGGGUAUAUCUGGUGGCGUUUGGGGGAAAGCGCACAAUGUGUGAGCACUCAGGGGAGAUGGCGCGAACAGCUGAGCUGUGUGUGUGUGUGUGUGUGUGUGUGUGUGUGUGUGUGUGUGUGACAGUCGUUACUGUGGCAGUCAGAAGCAGCCGAGCUCAGAGCUGCAAACUCAUUGAUUUGCCUCCUGCCGCUCUGACAUGCAUAUGCAUCGAUCUUACUGAAAAAGAAACAAAAUGAGAAACGAUUUUAACUCUCAGUUCACAUUAGGUGUUUUUUUUUUUUGUCUCAAAUGAUGGCAGAACAGAAGUUGGUCUGUGAUUGUUUUACUCUUUUUUUCGGUCUACCUGUUUUCAUGUGUUGAGUGUUGUCUUUUACAGUUAGUCCAUAAUGUAGUAGUCGAAUCACACACGGGCAGCUGGGAGGCUUUUAAAUCAAGUUGUGGAACUGGACAAAACACAUUGAGAUGUCCAGUGUACAAGCUGGCAUCAUUCAAAAGGACUUCCUCUGUCUCAAGAUUGUUAUGCCACUGGCAAUGCCUUGGGGACGGACUAUAUUCUUUUAAAUAUGAAUCAAGUGUUGUUUUUUUGUUCUUUCUCUGGCUCUCUUUCUCUCUUGAUCUAUUUCUUUCCAUUUAUUAGCUGUUUACAUUGUAAGGAAUCAUUUCUAUCUUCACUGUGUUGUAACUGUGUAUAUUUGACGGUAAAAAUGCUGCUACACUGACCAUGAGUCUUCAACUUGUGGACAUCCUCACCCACACAUAAUAAACCACCUGAAUUCAGAACCUCAA